ACGUAACAGAACGAUCAAUUGGCGUUUUGCUAGAGAAUCAAAAGAAAGAGAUCUAAAAUGGAAAGACCAUCAUCAACAGAAGCACCACCACGAGAAAAUCCAAAUCCAUCAUCAAAUGAAGAAACAUCCAUUCUAAUCACAAAUCAUCAAAACCCUAACCCAAACACUUCUGUUAUAAUUUCAUCAUGGCCAACAAUUGACGGCCCAUUAGGUUUAUCCGAACAAGAUUCUUUACCCCACGCCCGUAAAUUCUUCACUUUCGGUUUCUUUUUACUGCCGUUACUUUGGGCCGUUAAUUGUUACUAUUUUUGGCCUGUUCUUCGUCGCUCCACUUCUUUCCCCCUUAUCCGUCCCUAUGUUGUGGGUUCUGCAAUAGGAUUCUCAGUAUUUUCAGCUUUGCUACUUUCGUGGGCUCUCACAUUUAGCAUUGGAGGUGAACGUCUCUUUGGCCAUACUUGGCAUGAAUUGGUAAUGUACAAUGUUGCUGACCGAUAUGAUUUGACGGGUUGGAUGUAGUUAGAUUGUUUAUUAGAAUGUGUGUAAAGUCUGGAAUGGGAUCAUGAGAAUGCUAAAAACCUUCGACUCUUUUGUUUUACUGUUCAUGAAACCUUUCCGUAUAAUUCUAGCUCAUUUGUAGGUUUUAAAUCAACUUUGAAACUGAGACUUGCAGUAUUCUGAGCAAAUUAUGGAACCAUGGAGAGGUAUACUGUAUACAGUUUGUGAAAACUGCCCAUCCAUAUUCAUAAACCUACAUUAUUUUCUUUGUA